CCAGAGCUAGCUGAGCCUUUAGCUCGGACUCUACAGAGUGCCUAGAUAUUUUUAAAACAUCAAAUCACCAUCAUCACCAUCAACCAUCCAUUGGAUCUGUUAUCUCCCUGCCUCCCCCCCCACCCAUCCGGCUCUUUCAUGGCUCCCUUAGCCGAAGUUGGGGGCUUCCUAGGCGGCCUGGAAGGCUUGGGCCAGCAGGUGGGCUCCCAUUUCCUGUUGCCUCCUGCUGGGGAGAGGCCGCCUCUGCUUGGGGAUCGCUUGGCCCAGGUCGAGAGAGGGCCCCGAGGGGGCGGCGCGGCAGGAGCCACGGAUUUAGCCCACUUGCAGGGCAUCCUUCGUCGGAGGCAGCUCUACUGCAGGACCGGUUUCCACCUGCAGAUUCUGCCCGACGGCAGCGUUCAAGGCACUAGGCAGGACCACAGCCUCUUCGGUAUCCUUGAAUUCAUCAGUGUGGCGGUUGGAUUAGUCAGUAUUCGAGGGGUUGACAGUGGCCUCUACCUUGGAAUGAAUGAGAAAGGAGAGCUCUAUGGCUCAGAAAAGCUCACUCCUGAAUGUGUCUUCAGGGAACAGUUUGAAGAGAACUGGUAUAACACAUAUUCCUCCAAUGUGUAUAAGCAUGGUGAUUCAGGCCGGCGGUACUUUGUAGCGCUUAACAAAGAUGGCAGUCCCAGAGAUGGGGCAAGGUCCAAAAGACAUCAGAAAUUCACUCAUUUUUUGCCCAGACCAGUGGAUCCUGAAAGAGUGCCAGAGCUCUACAAGGAUGUGUUAGUAUUCAGCUGAAGUUGAACACAGAUGGAGAAUGGAAUCUUAGCCUCAACCGUUCCGAAAGUGCAAAGAACUACAGAGGGCUGAGGAGUCACCAAGAUCUAGGAAGUCGUGGGUUGGAGAAGCUGUUUAGUGGUAGACGAGCCUUCGUUGCCUAAUGUCUGGAUUUAGGAGAAUGAGCCUGAAAGCCAAGAGGACCAACCUCUUUUAAGUUUGCUUAUCCUUCUGCUGAUCAAGUAGAUGGGGAUGAUGGCCGGAUUUAAUUUACAAAACCAGACAAGUACUCAGUCACUCUGGAUU